AUGUUCUCCGAAAUUUCCACGUUGCCCCUACCGACCAACGCGCUAAAAUCAAGGUCACAAAAUAAGCUCACAUUCCUCCGUGUGAUUGUCUUUCUCACAUUCAAAACACCUUCACCUUCCCUUGUAUUUAAGAAAAGCAGAGAGACUUCAAUUCGCAAUAACGUAGCUCAGAUCUUCACACCCAUACCCACAGCCUACAUUUGUCAGUUUAGUGCUCGAUCUGAGUCUCCAUGA